AUUACCUCCAUUCCUUUUUCUAUCAAAUUUCGUAUUGAAAAUUGUGAAAAAAAAACAAAUUGUGGCAAAGUGAGGUUAUGUCACUCGUGACAUUUCACAAAAAAUUGCAUUUUUUUCGAAAAUAAACCACUUUCCUGUCAAUAUCACUCGGCACAAUUGAAUAACACAUUACAAGGGUUUGUUUUUGGUUAAAUUAUUAGAUUAAAAAAUGGUUAAAUAAUCAAUUGCCACACUUUUGGGGGUAAUGGACGCGGAGGAUGAGUCUACGGCAUAUUUGAAAUUGUUUAAUGAGGGCCCCCAUAAUUAUCUCCUGCACAGUAGCGAGGACGGUCUCAAUGAUGCCUUCCCAGUGGAGCCAAUUUUCACCGAGAUUGCCUCAGACUGGUCGUCUGAGGGUUUUCCAAUUUUGCUCAGUGGCCCCCUUACAGCUGAUGAGAACAACGAUAGCGAAUCCAACGUACAGUUACUAGCCGAAGACAAUGAAAGUAGCAGUCAAAAUGAAGACAGUACUUUUUACGAUAAAAAUCGGUUAGUUCUUUCAAAUUAUGUUGAGGAGAAUGAGGUGGAAAAGACUGUAACACAUGUGAUAAAUGGGGACGCCUACUCAAUAACUUACACUCAAGACAGUCAAGAGGAAGUGGCCGAAAGCGAGGAAAAUGUUGAAGUGAUUCAAUUAUUAAACAUUGACGGGACUGUAACCACCAUUAAUAAAAAUCUGUUCAAUGUUGUGGACAAGGAGAAGAGUUUUGAAAAUUUUUACACACAAGUCCAGGCCAAUAAAUGCAAAUUGUGCUCGUUUUUGUGUGAAAGUGUUGAGGAUAUCACUGCUCAUAUUAAUUUGAAACAUGGGAAAGAGGUGCAAGUGCCACAAACAAAUGGGGUUUUGCCCCCCAAUGGCACUAAAAUGACCUCGAUUCUAAACGUAAAUAAGGACAGGAAGAAGUACACUCUGUAUAUUUGCAGCGAUUGUGGCAGUGGCUACUCUAAUAAAGAAGACCUGAAGCAACAUAUGAUCACUCAACACAAAAUGGUCCAAGCCACAAGCGCUGCCCCCACAAGCCCCGAUAAAGUCCCCCCUGAUAAACCGGACGUGGAAAUCCCCGAAAAACGCUCAUCUCGGGCCAUUUCCGCCAGUCUUUUAAAAAAACAAAAAUCCCUGCGUAAAAUCAAAUGCUCGAUAAAGGGGUGUCCCCUUCGUUUCGACAAGGAGGAGUCCCGUAAACGUCACGAAGACUGUCAUGUCGAUCAACACAAAAAACAAUUUAUGUGCCCCGUUUGCAAAAGCAAAUUUUCAAUUUGGCGCAUUUGUAGCACGCACAUGUGGAAGUGCCAUUCGAUUGAUUUGGGGCUCUUGACGUGUCCAAUGUGCAACGAAUUCAAAUCAUACAGUUCUGUCAGAGUUAUGAAUCACAUGGCCAUACAUAACGAGGAAAAACCGUUUGUUUGUACAUCGUGUGGCAAGGCUUUCAAACAGUUGAAUCAGUUGCGAAAUCACGAAAUAAUUCAUAAAGCACCAGACGAAGUUCCUGAUUCGUUCACGACAAAACAGUGCGAAUUUUGCGACCGAUUUUUCGCAAAUUCGAAAUGUUUGAAAAAACAUAUUAAAUUCGUUCAUGACAAGUUUAAACCGUUCAUUUGUAAUAUUUGUGGCCAUCAGACCGCACGUAAGGAAAUGUUGCAGCUGCACCAUCGUCAACAUACAGGGGAUAAACCGUUCCAUUGCUCCUAUUGUGAGUAUAAAACCGGCGAUCGCAACUGUUUACGGAAACACACGAUGCGACACUUCGGGGCGGCGAAAUACUCGUGCCCAUAUUGCGACUACCAGUCGAUUCAAACGUCAGCUUACAAAAUCCAUUUGGCCAAUAAACACCCAGGAAAAGAGGGGACUUACGCGUGUACUUUAUGCAAGUACACAACAAUUAACUGCAGUUCAUACUUGGCACACGUCAAGUGCCACGAAUUGGAAAAAAAGAAGAAGCAAAAAGUUGAAAAACGCCCGGUUGAAGACAACGAGUCGAAAUCGAGCGACGAAACGCAGAAUUUCCUCAAUACGGAACACUCGGAGGAGGCUGUGGACACUGGGGGAAUCACAAUACCGGCCACCUUCGAUUUGCAACUAAACGAUCAAAAUAGUCUGAUUUAACUUUAUUAAUUGUAAUUUUUAUAAAAAAUCAUUAAGGCAAUAAAUUAAUUGAUUUAA